AAAUUCUGAAAAAAUUCAGGGACGUAGAUCUCGACACGCUGAUUCCAAAGAUAUAGGGUAUCGAUGGUCACGGAGCAAUAUUUUCGAAAGAAUCGGUAAGAAAUGCGAAUUUUUGAGAAUUUCUAAAAAUUUCGAUAUUUCAACGGACGAUUCCGGAAAAACGGUUGCAGUUAUCAAAGAACCGAGGCCGGAAGUGAGUUCUAGAGCUCGAAAUCUACCAGAAAAUGUAUUUAGUUAAGUUUCGAAAAUGUCAAAAAUUGGCCGAAAUUUGAAGAAGGGGGGACCAUUGGAAAAAUUUCACUUUUAAAAAGUUGUCAAAAAAUUCUGAAAAAAUUCAGGGACGUAGAUCUCGACACGCUGAUUCCAAAAAUAUAGGGUAUCGAUGGUCACGGAGCAAUAUUUUCGAAAGAAUCUUUACGAAAUGCGAAUUUUUGAGAAUAUCUAAAAAUUUCGAUAUUUCAACGGACGACUUCGGAAAAACGGUUGCAGUUAUCAAAGAACCGAGUCCGGAAGUGAAUUCCAGAGCUUGAAAUCUACCAGAAAAUGCAUUUAGUUAAGUUUCGAAAAUGUCAAAAAUUGGCCGAAAUUUGAAGAAGGGGGGACCAUUGGAAAAAUUUUACUUUUAAAAAAGUUGUCUGAAAAUUCUGAAAAAUUCAAGGACGUAGAUCUCGACACGCUGAUUCAAAAAAUAUAGGGUGUCGAUGGUCAAGGAGCAACAUUUUCGAAAGAAUCGGUACGAAAUGCGAAUUUUUGAGAAUUUCUAAAAAUUUCGUUAUUUCAACGGUCGAUUCCGGAAAAGCGGUUGCAUAUUUAUCAAAGUACCGAGGCUAGAAGUGAAUUCCAGAGCUCGAAAUCUACCAGAAAAUGUAUUUAGCUAAGUUUCGAAAUUGUCAAAAAUUGGCCAAAAUUUGAAGAAGGGGGAAAAAUUUCACUUUUAAAAAUGUUGUCUAAAAAUUCUGAAAAAAUUCAGGGACGUGGAUCUCAACACGCUGAUUCCAAAAAUAUAGGGUGUGGAUGGUCACGGAGCAACAUUUUCGAAAGAAUAGGUGCGAAAUGCGAAUUUUUGAAAAUUUCUAAAAAUUUCGAUAUUUCAACGGUCGAUUCCGGAAAAACGGUUGGAGUUAUCAAGUUCAAAUAACAGAGAUUUUAGAAAUUUAGAUUGUUAAAAUUAGUACCAUGUGGUCUGUAAAAUGUACCUACGGCAAUCUCUUGUAAGUUUAUCUUAAGUUUAAUUAAUAAGUACUCAAUAGAGCUAUUAGAGAUUGUAGCACGAUCUUUGCGAAUGAUGUUGUAGUCUGGCAAGCUAAAAGCUGUGCUAAAAGUGUCGUCUGGAACAUCCGGUGGAAAUCAUGUCAAUAUGUUGUCAAAUUGCGUUGAAAAUAAAAAUUUAUCAAAUUGACAAAUGAAUGCAGGCAACCCAACAUACAGACUUGUAUAUUUGCCUUGAAGGUUGAUUAAUAGUCGUUCAACAUUAUAUUAAACACACUAUAGUUGACGGUUAGAUUCAUAACCUAAAGAUUCGCACAUUUUUUUUAUCUCCACACGUAUGUACAACGAAGAAUGUGUACUUAAUUUCUAGAGUUGCCUCAACCAGUAAUUCACACAAGGAACGACAAACCUCAAAUGACGAACGGCCGUUACAUAAUAUGUCGACAAGUGUCUCACAGAAUAACAAUAGCCCUAACCAGUUUUAUCAGAACCUCUUGGACCUAAGUGACCCCUCUUUCGUCUUUAAAAAACGUCCUGGAACCACCGACGACGGAGGGCUAUUCGAAGAACUUUACGUUGCACGUUUGUUGUUGAACCUGAUCAACAAUGAAAAAAUUACAAAAUUCAACGUGUGGUCAAACCACCCUGAUUUUGGAUCCAUGGACGACGCUGUUUUUGACGUGGAAUCCAAUGAUGUUAAUCUGAAAGGGACGUACGCGGUGCAGUUGAAGUACGCAAACACUGGAGGAAUUUUAACCAAACAGGCAUUAACGGCCAAAAAGGGGGAUUUUAGUGUUAUGAAGUAUUUCGAGGAAUAUCGACAAAAAACAACGACUGUUGGAACUUUCAAAUUCAUUCUUGUUACUAACAGAAAGUUUGAGGUUGACGAUAAAGAACUUGUGAUGGAAAAUGACAAUGUGAAGUUUAACGUAUCCAUAAAGAAAGUCAAGAAGAAGAAGAAGCACUUUCGGUUUGAGAUAGCAGACACAAGUACAAACGCUUUACAAGACUACGAAAACUUUUUCAAAAAUUUUACCUUGGUUACCAACUACGGCACCGCUGAUGCAAUCAAGGAAGAUAUCAAAGAGAUUUUUGUUUCAAAGUUUAGUUGUCAAGACGAACUCAUUUCCAAGAACUACAUAGAAUUCGUAAGAAAGUGGAACCAGAACACAAAUUCCAAAACUACAUUGCAUUUAUCUUUCGUCAAACAUGUGGUUGCGUUGUUGAUAUUAUCGCCGACACGAUUUCUUUCUUUUGAACCAAAACCCGAAGACAAAAAAUCUAAGCUGUUGAAAAAAGCUAUCUCAAAAUUCGACGUUACUUGUCUUUCAACUGAAAGCUACCUCAAAAUUAAAAAUCUGUGGCACUGUUUGAAGGAAAGACAGUCGGUGAAGGAUUUGGAGUAUUUGAGAAGAGCAAGACAGUACCAAAUACUUGGAUCUAGCGUCAAUUGUUUGAAAGACCUCAAUGACGAAGAAUGGACGAAAUUUUUGUGGUUGUUGGGUAAAUGCCCUUUAGUGGUAGAAGACAGCGAGGCAACUCGAAAAGCUAUAGGUCUCUGCGAACGAAAAAAGUUUAUCGUUUUGAAUGCUAAAUCGCCUGAAGGUUACAGCACUUUUCAUAAUUUGCUAAAUCUGAAAAAAAGGAAGAAGAUUUUGUACAAGAGGAUACUAUCAACAUUUACUUGUUCUAUACAAGGCAAACGGGAGAUUAGUUUGGGGCAUUUAAUCGGCAAAGGGGAUAGAAUUGUUGGUAUCUUGGACGUAGACAAACUCGUGGCGAUGUUGGAUAAAGCACUAUUAAUAGGUAAACCAGAGGAUCUUCCACCGUCACCGAUCUCCAGGUUUCUGUCAAGGAAUAUUAUCAAGUACGACUUCUUAGAGGAAAUAGAUUUACCGCAAACCCUAGUAGUGUUCAGUUGUAUGUCUCCAAUAACUGCAUUCAAAAAUCAAUUUCCAAACAUAGAAACUAUCAAGAUGGAGGAGUUUUUGACGUACGAAAAGCCCCUCAUCAAACAAGACGGGUUCGUAGUACUAAGCCAGAACGACAUAUCAAAAGAACAAUUCGCUACUAUAUGUAAAACCGUUCCUAGUGGACACUGUUGCUACCAUUUGCGCUACGUUUCCUCCAUGAACGGCUUUGAAUGGGUCAGAAGUUCAACAAACCAGAACUUACAUCAAUUUUUACUAAGUGGUACUUUCAUUGAAGAAUCAGAGCUGACGCGGUACGAAGACAACAUCAAUCUCGUGUGUGCUGACCCCGGUAUGGGAAAAACCACCCUUGCAAAAACUUUGAAAAACACCACCGUUCCAACAACCUGGAACGUACUCAUUUACGUCAAUAAUCACUCAACUUACUUUCGCCGAAAAAUAGACAACGUCGACGACUUCAAAACGUACAUAGCUGAAACAAUCAGAAGCCAGAAUAGCACUUUUGACUUUGAGGUAAUAGAAGCAUUGUUUGCGGAAGGACGCGUCAGGUACUUUUGGGACGGCUUGGACGAACUGAAUAACGACGGGUUCAAAACAGUCAAACGCAUUAUCAAUAAAUUGUCAGAAGCUGAAGACGCUUGCCACUGGAUUACUUGUAGAUACCUUCUGCGUGAAGACCUAGAGGAGUACUUCCACGUUUUAUCGAGGACGUUGAAAGAGUUCGACGAAGACGACCAGAAAACGUACCUCAAGAACAGGUUAGAGUGUUCAGAACUGGACGAGAUUUUCGUCAAGAUAAGGAAUAAUAUUCGCUUGUUUCCGCACAACGACAUUCUGGGGAUUCCUUUACAGAUAUAUAUUUUGACGGAAUUGUUAUUGAGGGAUCGCCACAAAUACAAUCGUUUAUUGGACGAAAUUUUUUCAAUCGCUGACUUGUACGAACGGUUCGUCGAGGAAAAAUUUUACUUCCACUUUAGAGAGAAGGAAGGGAUGGAGGACAUAGAGAACGCGAGCGACAUGAUCCGUAAUCGAUACUUUAACGUAAAAGAUAAGCAACUGGAUUAUUAUAAAGCGUUGGCUAUGAGGCUGUACUUCGACGAAACGGUUUUACAAAAAUAUAAAAUUAGAAGAGAAAUCAGCACCAGUAAGGAUCCUGAAGGUUUUAUAACCGACGUGAGUGACCAAGCCUGUCCGAAGUUCUUCCACAACUCUUUCGGCGAAUAUUUGGCGGCUGCUUACAUUGCAGAGCACGAAGAAAAAGCCAUUCACAUCCAAAACUUCACAUUUGAGUCAAAAUACAACAAUGUUCCGUUUUUCUUUGAUUUGAUUUUGGCGAGAAAAUCGCCAAUUCAUGUCGCAGUUUUGUAUAAGAACCACCAUCUUGUGGAAAAUUUUCCAGAUGAAGAGUUUCGUAACGUGGAUGAAAUCGGUAGAAGCGUGUUGAAAGUCGCUUGCUUGUGGUGCGAGAGGUAUCAAUUGGUAAAGUUCCCUGUCGACAGAAACCUUUUUGUCGUUAAGGCGUCACCACAAUUUCGCCACACGAAACCUGACCCAGAAGCAAAUAGAAAAAUCCUUGAUUUAUUGCUACGGAAGUGUGACGAAGAAGAAAUUCGGCAGGUCUUACACCAGGAAUCGCUGUUUCACGAAGCAAACUUCAUUCGAGUUUUACCCUUGACGCUCUUGACAAAAAAGACCAACAUCGAAACGAAAUUGUUUUUAAAAAACAUAGAUACGAUUCUACAGUACUGUCUUCUUUUCGACUACGAAGACUUGAUUCAUAUGUUCAAAAAAAACAAGUAUAUAUCAAUUUGUUUGGAUAGUUCUAUUCGUAUGCAGUUCGAGCAAUACAAUGCGAGAAAGUUGAUGAAAAUGAUCUUUUGCAGCGCAGUUACCUCAACCAUGUUUACGAAAUGAUCAACUUUUUAAAACGUCAUCAUUGUUGUAUCAACAAACUUUCUGGUAUUUUAGCAGUAGUGAUUGCGAAUGGUGCUGAUGUUAAUGUUACUGAUACAACAUACGGAAAGACGCCUUUUUAUUACGUGUGUAAAAAAAAGUACACACUAUGAAACUGUGGUAAUGCUGCUUGAGAAUGAUACGGCCUUGGAACGUACUGAUAGCAGUGGUGCAACACCGUUAUACCUAGCAUGUUAUAGUCUCAACGAUCACAUUGUUCAGCUUCUGGACAAGGAUUAGAUUGGAUCAUUAAAUUGCUGAUAUUUACAUUAAACAUUAUUUUUAAACCUAAAACACUCCCGUAUUAGUAUAUAGGUAUAUAUAUUUUUUUUUGACGGAAUAAAUUUACUAUAUCCAUAAACUGUCAAUUUUCUUUUGUGU